UAAAAUAGCAUAGCUAUUUGACAGAGCUUCCCUGCGUUGAGUAAGUUCUUGGAUCUGGUGGCUUUUGCAGGGCUUUCGAGCCCUUUGAAAAUUUGGGGAUCUGGUGCCGCCCAACUUGGGAUCCCUCUGUAAUCGUUUAGCUCCUCCCAACCCUGUAUCCUAAACAGUUAACGUACCUUCUAGGUUCCUGCCUGAACAUUUCCUCCCUUCCAUCCUCCUUAAUUGGCCAUGCUCCCUGCCAAGCCAUUGGCAGGAUUCCCCCCCCCCUUUAUUUCUUUUCUUUUUGCUGAGGGAGCCCAGAUUGCGGUCUGUCAUCUUGAUUGAUCCCCUCCUUCUCCAGCUCAGGUCAGUAUAUCAAGUGUUCGCCAAGGGGGGGUUUCUGCAAGAAAUGGCCUAGUGACGCUGGCUGCCACUUCUGAAGAGCAAGAGGACCUGACGGAUCUCCAGAGGGACGAAGAGAGAGGAGAAUAUACAUUUCUAGUCUUGUGCGUUGGGAGUUCUCUCCAGUAAAAACCUUCGGCAUGAUUGCUACCCAUCAGAACAUGACAACCGCUCUGAACAUGGGGUUCAGCAGCUCCCCGCCUCGCAACUGGAAGGGAAUUGGGAUCGCAAUGUUGGUAGUGGCGAUGCUGGCGUCGGUCAUCAUUGUGGCUAUCCUGAUGCUCACUCCAGACGACCCCCCAAUUGGCUUCCGCACUCCUCUGACUCUUGAUGACCUGGAGAGUGAUGAUUUCCAACUCCACCAACCCCAGCUACAUUGGGUGACAGAUGAUGAGUUGGUGGAGCUCAGCGAUACAGGGACCGUGAUGAAGUGGCACAUUGGCCAAAAGAACAGCACCCUCUUGGUGGAGGACAGAGAUUUGCAUUUCUUGAAAGCCUCCCACUUCCAAGUGUCACCGGAUUUGCAGUUCCUGCUUUUGGCUUGCGAUGUGCAGCAGGUUUUCCGCUACUCUUUCACAGCUCGCUACUUGAUCUAUAACUUGGGCACCAGGGAGACCAGCAACCUCGAUGUGCCCAAGGCAGAUACUGUUCGUCUGCAAUAUGCGGCCUGGGGAUCCCAGGAUAACCAGCUGGUGUUUAUCCUGGAUAACGACAUUUAUUAUCAGCCUGGAGUCUCCAUCCGGGCCAAACGCAUCACCACAUCUGGACGCCAAGCAGUUAUCUUCAAUGGGAUUGCUGACUGGCUAUAUGAAGAGGAGAUCCUGCAGACUGCCAGUGCUCACUGGUGUUCACCUGAUAGCAUGUGGCUAGCCUAUCUUUCCAUCAACAACUCCCUGGUGCCAAAGAUGGAACUGCCCCAGUUUCUUGGAGGAAAAUACCCUACCAGCCAACACUAUCCCUAUCCUAAGGCCGGACAGCCCAUCCCUUCUGUCCAACUCUUUGUGGUGAACCUAUCUGGGGCACUUCACCUGCUGGAGCUCCUACCUCCGGAAUCCUUCCAGGGCAGGGAAUAUUACAUCACCAUGGUAAAAUGGGUGGGACACUCCCGCUUGGCUGUGCGAUGGUUAAAUAGGCCGCAGAACAUGUCCGUGCUGAGUCUGUGUGAAGCUGCCACAGGGACCUGCACCGAGAGAUACAAAGUGACAUCAGAUUUCUGGGUGGACAUGCAGCAAGGAAUGCCUAUCUUUUCUGAAGACGCCGAGACCCUUUUUCUGCCGGUGCCUGUGAAACAAGGGCCUCGUGGAGAAUUCCACCACAUCACCAUGCUUUCCACGCAGCCCAGUCGCAAAGAGAGCAGCGUGCGCCUCCUGACCUCUGGGACCUGGGACGUCACCAGCAUCCUGGCCUAUGACGAGAACAGCAAACGGCUAUAUUUCCUGAGUUCUGAAGACAGGCUCAGCUCCAAACAUUUAUACAGCGUUGAACUUGACAGCUCCUUCAACCGCACCUGUGUGACCUGUGGCCUGCAGCCCGGCUGCUCCUUUGUAGAUGUCCGUUUCAGCCCCAGGAUGGGGCAUUUUAUAUUGUUCUGCAAAGGGCCUGGAGUCCCUCAAGUCUCUGUUCACCGCACAGCUAACCCCCGUGACUUCCUUCUCCUAGAAGAGAACCGCCUUUUGCACGAUGCCCUUAUGCAUAAAGAGAUGCCGUUGGUGGAAUUCAGGUCGUUUCGACUUGCUAACUACGACCUGUCUGUGCGUGUGACCCUGCCGCCGCCACACCAGUGUGCCUUCUGUCCAUUGCUACUGCUGCUCCCAGAAUCCCCAGGAGGCCAGCUGGCCACUGAGGAAUUCCACCUUGAUUGGGACACUGUCCUGUCUAGCUCUUUGGGUGCUGUGGUGGUCCAGUUCGAUGCCCGGGGAUCUAGAAACCAAGGACUCAAGCUGCUGCAUGAGGUCAACCGCCAGCUGGGCUCCUUGGAUGUCAAGGACCAUGUAGCUCUCAUGCGGUGGCUGCUGCAGCUUCCCUACGUGGAUCGCAGGCGCACAGCCGUCUACGGGAAGGCCUAUGGAGGCUUUUUAGCACUGAAGCUCAUGGCAACAGCAGAAGACCUCUUUAAAUGCGGAACUGGUGUGGCACCCAUUACUAGCUUCCGUUUCCACGCUGCCACCUUCUCCGAACGCUACCUGGGGAUGCCAGCCCGGGAGGAUGCUGCCUACACGAUGGCCUCUGUGUUGGAGGAAGCGCCCCACCUCAAGGACAGAAAUGUCCUCCUUGCCCACGGAACUGGAGAUGCCACAGUGCAUUUCCAGCAUACAGCUGAACUUCUUAUCCGGCUUCUAGCUGCGGAGUCUAACAACUACACUACCCAGAUCUACCCAGAUGAAGGCCACACAUUCGAGUCCAGCCAGCGCCACCUCAGCCAGAGGCUCUUCUCCUUCUUCCGGAGCUGCUUUGAGGAUCCGAAGCAUGCACAUCUGUUAUCUGAUGAAGAUGAGGACCCGUAGUGUUUUUCCCAGUGAGGGACACUGAGGAUCGCCAGCUGCUGCUGAUUUCACUUGCCCUUUUCUUUGCUGCACUGGCAACUCACGGCAGCACUUUUGCACAUCCCACGGACCUGCACUUUGUGUGUGUUCUGCAUUAAGCACAUCGUUUGGCGCUGCCGAUCACGUCCUCCUAAGGACCCCUGCUUUUACUUAAAGACCCCCAAUGCGUUUCCACCCCUUGGGACUGCGAAGAGAGCUUUUUAAAAUGUAUGCGUGUGCAUGCGAAUCCCAAAGCCAGGGGGAAGGACUUCUAGUGGUCAAGGGAUGGUGGGUAUUUAUUCCAUAUGCCUUAUGUAUUCCCUUUGCCCAUGCAAAAGAGUAGCAGAGAAGCAUAACGAGCUAUGAAAUGUAAGCAAACCUAUUCAAAGUCA